GCCGUGGGCCACUAAGAACGCGCUGGCCUGGCUGCCAGGCGGGUGAACUCUGCACUGGGCCUAGGGGUCGGCGGGAGGGUCCGGAGCCUGGUCAGCGCACCCUGCGAGGAGGAGUCAGGCCACUGAGACUCGGAGGACAGUAGGAGGAGAAGCCCCGGUCUAGGCCUGCCGAGAUGUCUGGCUGCGGCGCUUGCAGUUGCGGAGCGGUCGCCGCGCGGCUCAUCACUUCCUCGCUCGCCUCCGCGCAGAGAGGUAUUUCUUGUGGUCGCAUUCAUAUACCCGUUUUAGGAAGGUUUGGGACCUUUGAAACUCAGAUUCUACGAAGAGUUCCUUUUAGAACUUUUUCAGAAACACCAGCAUACUUAGCCUCAAAAGAUGGGAUAAGUAAAGAUGGCUCUGGAGAUGGAAAUAAGAAAUCAGUGAGUGAGGGAAGCAGUAAAAAGUCAGGCUCUGGGAAUUCUGGGAAAGGUGGAAACCAGCUGCGCUGCCCUAAAUGUGGUGACUUGUGCACACAUGUAGAGACCUUUGUGUCAUCCACCCGUUUUGUGAAGUGUGAAAAAUGUCACCAUUUUUUUGUUGUGCUAUCUGAAGCAGACUCAAAGAAAAGCGUAAUUAAAGAACCAGAAUCGGCGGCAGAAGCUGUAAAAUUGGCAUUCCAACAGAAACCUCCUCCUCCUCCCAAGAAGAUUUAUAACUACCUCGACAAGUAUGUUGUUGGCCAGUCAUUUGCUAAGAAGGUGCUUUCAGUUGCUGUGUACAAUCAUUAUAAGAGAAUAUAUAAUAAUAUUCCAACUAAUCUGAGGCAGCAAGCAGAGGUUGAAAAGCAGACAUCAUUAACACCUAGAGAGUUAGAAAUAAGAAGACGGGAGGAUGAGUACAGAUUUACAAAAUUGCUUCAGAUUGCUGGAAUUAGUCCACAUGGUAAUGCUUUAGGAGCAUCAAUGCAGCAACAGGUAAAUCAACAAAUGCCUCAGGAAAAACGAGGAGGUGAAGUAUUGGAUUCCUCCCAUGAUGACAUAAAACUUGAAAAGAGUAAUAUUUUGCUGCUUGGACCAACUGGGUCAGGUAAAACUCUGCUGGCACAAACUUUAGCUAAAUGCCUUGAUGUUCCUUUUGCUAUCUGUGACUGUACGACUUUGACUCAGGCUGGAUAUGUAGGUGAAGAUAUUGAAUCUGUGAUUGCCAAACUGCUCCAAGAUGCCAACUAUAAUGUAGAAAAAGCACAACAAGGAAUUGUCUUUCUGGAUGAAGUAGAUAAGAUUGGCAGUGUGCCAGGCAUUCAUCAGUUACGGGAUGUAGGUGGAGAAGGCGUUCAGCAAGGCUUAUUAAAACUACUAGAAGGCACAAUAGUCAAUGUUCCAGAAAAGAAUUCCCGCAAACUACGUGGAGAAACAGUGCAAGUUGAUACAACAAACAUCCUGUUUGUUGCAUCUGGUGCUUUCAAUGGUUUAGACAGAAUCAUCAGCAGGAGGAAAAAUGAAAAGUAUCUUGGAUUUGGAACACCAUCUAAUCUGGGAAAAGGCAGACGGGCUGCAGCUGCUGCAGACCUUGCCAAUCGAAGUGGCGAAUCAAAUACUCACCAAGACAUUGAAGAAAAGGAUCGAUUAUUACGUCAUGUAGAAGCCAGAGAUCUCAUUGAAUUUGGCAUGAUUCCUGAGUUCGUGGGACGGUUGCCUGUGGUAGUUCCUUUGCAUAGUCUAGAUGAAAAAACACUUGUACAAAUACUAACUGAGCCACGUAAUGCUGUUAUUCCUCAGUACCAGGCCUUAUUCAGCAUGGAUAAGUGUGAACUGAAUGUUACUGAGGAUGCUUUGAAAGCUAUAGCCAGAUUGGCACUGGAACGAAAAACAGGUGCACGAGGUCUUCGGUCCAUAAUGGAAAAGCUGUUACUAGAACCAAUGUUUGAAGUUCCUAAUUCUGAUAUUGUUUGUGUGGAGGUUGACAAAGAAGUAGUAGAAGGAAAAAAGGAGCCAGGAUACGUCCGGGCUCCAACAAAAGAAUCCUCUGAAGAGGAGUAUGAUUCUGGAGUUGAAGAAGAAGGAUGGCCUCGCCAAGCAGAUGCUGCAAACAGCUAAAUUGUCAGACUUUUUGUCCUGUAUAUAAAGCUGCUCCUCUGUUUAGGAUCAUAACUGUCUCUUCAGUCUGACAUUAAAAGCAUUGGAUCUAUCUUGGAUAUCAUACAUGGUCAGAAGUCUUUAGGAUAAAAAUCAGAUCAUGUAUAUUAGGUAACAUCACAUUGAUUGGUACAGAGGACAUUAUGUGAACUGUAAUGACACAAUGUUCAGAGAUAAAAUGUACAUUAUUUUGGUUCAGUUUUUAAAAAAAUAUGCAUAAAAAUUCUUAGGAGCUCUUUUAAACAAUGCAGGUAUUGCAAUAACUGUGGAUUUUACAAUAAUGUUACUCUACAAAUAGGAAAAUAAAUUCUUUAAAAUUGAAGAUUGAGAUACGAUUCUUUAGUUUAAUCUUUUUUACCCAUAUUUGUUUCCUGAAAAUAUUAGAACUUUAUUCAUCUUAAAUAUUGGAACAGGUAGUUUCCAAAAUUUAACAAGUAGUUAAAUUUUCAUGGAAAAAAAUACCUUGCAGAACCAUAUUUUAAUGAUUUGUUUAGCUAUAUUCUUAGCCUUACCUGCUCAUGCAUGACACUAACUUCCCAGUUGGUACUAUGAGAAAGGCCAUUCUCCUCUGACUUGUUUGAUUUAUUUGCCAUCUUUAAUGCAUUUUAGUACCAUGGGUGAGCAGAUGGAACUGAAGUCUGCCUUAAAUCAUCAGAAAAAGACUACAUCUGAUUCUAAAAGUAGCAUGUAGUGUCAGUCAUAACAACAGCCAUAUGCUGAACUAAAUAAGAUAGCCUAAUAUUGUGCAUUUACCGAAAGUACUCAGCUAUUUUUUUUGUGUGUGUGUGUUGGAUAUUUGUCUAAUUUUUUGACUUCAUAGAACAUUAAAGAAAACUAUGCUUUGUUAUCAGCAUAAGUUAAUGUCUUCACACUAAAAUAGAAGUUAUUAAUCUUUGUUACAGGGUGGGUCAAAAGGUUUAUAGUUCAUAUGGAAAGUAAUACAGUAAUUCAUAAGUAAUAAUACAAGAAUAAACUCUGUGGUUCAUGUACUCACAACUGUAAACCUACUUUUGCCCCACCCUGCAUAUAAUUAAACAGUGGAGGGAAUUUGGGGGACUUAAAAAUGAAAAUUAUUUGCAUAAAAAAGUAUUUGGGUAUCUUUUAAGCUUUUUCUUCCCUUCUAUAAUGUUGGUGCAAUUUUUUAUACUAUUCAGAUCAAACUUAUUUGAAAUUGUUUAAAUCAAAGUACAUUGAAAUGUUUUUAUUUUUUGGUUUAUAGACUCUUAAGUUUUCCUCUUACCACCUUUUUCUUAGGAAGAGAACCUUAAACUAUUAGGAAAUUCUAAAUCCUGUUGAUAAAGAGUUGGGCUUUCCAUGAUGUAAUAAGAGAUGUGAGAUACCUAUUUAUGGCUGGGGUAGAACCAAAAAUGCACUUUUACAGAGUGUUUAAGCCUUGUUGCUAGUGUGGGACAGAAACAAAUAUCCUCCUUAGUCUCCGUAGUAAUGGUUAAAGUUUUUCUCAGGAAGUCUUUCAUAUUAUAACUGUUCAUUAUCUUUCUCUUAUGAUGUCAUUAUUUUCCUUUUUGUAGAGUGAAAAUUGAAGAAGCUAUUAAAAAUAUUAAAGGUAAUCCUCCAGAAAUGGACUGGGAGACAUUUUAGUCACAACAGCUUACAUUUGGUUUGGAAGUUGUUAACAAAACAUAAUUGAUGUUUUUAAAUCAAACUCAAUGGGUAUAACUACAAUUUGUAGCUUGAAACUUAUGUUUUGGCAUUUGAAUAAAACAAAGGACUAAAUGAA